ACGCUCUCACUUCCACCGUUCCUUUUCAUGUUAAACAAAAAUCCUAAUCUCAAAGCUUCUUAGCUUCCUUAACAUUUUGGUUUUACCUUUAUCUCUAUCAUCCUUCUCUACAUAUAUCUUCGUUUUUUGGCUAAGUAAAAGGAACCCUUGAUUGUUCUUGAGAUCUGUGAUUCCAUCCAUCGGGCAAAGAAACAUGAAGAAAGCUACCGCCUUGUUGAAACGAAUGUUCACGUUACUGAGUUCCAUAACGAAAGCUAAAUCAAUGGCGAUCAAGGACAAGACGAACGCCUUCAAGGCACGUCUACUCGUGCUGUCUCUCAUGAAACACAAGAAACUCGCCUUCUGUUCAUCAUUCUCCGACAAGAUCCACAGCCUCCUGGGCCACAACAGGCACGAACAAGACGACGUAGAGGACGAUGAUAGCAAGGCAAUCAUCCUCUACAAUGCAGCACCAUGUUCAAGCAUCACACGCGCCAUCGAUCAUGAUGAUGAUGAUGAUAACUACCCUGACUUGAGGCACACGUUAUUCGAAGGAGAGGAAGAGUUUGAGGGCGUGGAGGAAGUAGAACAAGGAGGAGGGUCGAUCAUUGAGAUGGUGAGGAGCUCUAAGGAAGAAGAAGGAAAGAGUUUCAGUCUGGAGGACGAGAUCGAUCAUGUCGCUGAUUUGUUCAUUACAAGGUUUCACAAGCAGAUGAAGUUGCAGAAGCUCUUGUCUUUCAAGAGAUACCAAGAAAUGCUCACCCGCAGCACCUAAAAAUAUCUACAAUCCAUGGCAUUAUUCCCCCAUACAAAUCCACACACACAUAUAUAUAUAUAUAUAUAUAUAUAUAUAUAUAUAUAUAGUGACCGAGAUCUUAUAUCUUUGGUUCUCCUCUUUACAAGGGAAGGAAAAAAUCCUUCUGUUUUUUGUGGGCAUUUCCUUCCUCUUCAAGACUAGUAUCUGUAUAAUCAUGGAUAUAUCAAAAAUAUUUCUAUUUUCUAUUUUGAAUUCAAUCAAUAACCUUAUAAA